AUGCCCCAACAUGCCCUGAAGGUGGCCACUGACAAGCUGAAUCGUUGGCUAGCGGUCCAGGUGCGGAGGUUCCAGCAGAUUUGCCACACUGCCAGCAAGAACGGGGCAGACAACGCCCGCUACGUCAUCAGCGAGGUCGACUUUCAAGGCUUCAGCCUCCAAGAAAUUGGCGACAAGCUGAAGCACAAGCUGAGUAGCCUGGGCUUUGCAGAGCUCACGGUGCUUUGCUCCAUGGGCGUCAUGAACUUGGACGCUUCCUGGGCUGGUAUCAAGCCGACACCAGAGGUGCGGUCACCAGAGCUACCUGC